AUGAAACUGCUACAAAUCCUGACUUUUGCAGUUUCAUCAAUUUUGGUCGCUUGCCGAGUCGAAGAAGUUACUUCGCUUGACUUUUUUUACGAUACUGUGAAUCGAGAUGCUUUCACUGUAGUCAAGUACUACACGACUUGGUGCUCACACUGUAAGGGCUUGGCCCCUGUGUUUAGGCAGUUGAGCGAAAAAUUUGACAGUGCUGCCGUGAACGUCACAUUUUUGGAAGUGAAUUGCGAGCUUUUUGGCUCUACAAUUUGCAGAAGACUGCCUGGAUACCCUAUGGUUGAGGUCAUUAAACCAUUGAUCGAACAACACGAAACAGGUGUUGAACCGGAGGCUGUUGAAACCAAGUCUUGGUGGUCUAGACUACUUACGUCAAUCAAGAAUCGAGCCUAUAGUCCUACGUGGGAAAUGGAUCUCGACAGAGUGGUGGAAUUUCAGGGCAGUAGAGACUUGCCAAUUUUGACCAACUUUGUGCAGAAGGUUAUUGAAAACACCCAGCAGGAACAGGCAAUAGUUAAUGUUUUAAGCGACCGUAGCUGUCUCGAUGACGAUUGUGUUACUAUGAAGAAGUAUUUGUCUCUGGUCAAAGACACCAAGAAAGAGAUAAAGAAGCUGGAGAAAAUCCUCGAGCUCAACGCCGACAAGCAGCUCGAGAGCAUCAAGCUGAAACUUGCCUUGCUGCGCACUUUGGAAAAUCGUGACAACACAAUUGAAGACAAGGAUGAGUUGUAA